GCAUUCGAGACUCGAGAGUCGAGAGGUCGAAAGUCCAUUUGGAGCCGUGUUCGCUGGUGUUCGCGUCAGUGCAUUGAGUGCGUGUUCAGUCAUGUUUAUCGGUUACAAACUUUUUACUGGAUUGCUAAGAUCGCUGGAUACAUUAGAUUUUGUACGCGCUAUUAGAUUUUUGAUUCCUCUUUUAUAAUUUCACUUUCUAUAUCAUACUUUUGGAAUAUGGUCAUAUUGUUCCCACGACAGAUUUGAGAAACGGGCACUAAUUAAACGUGAAUUGAAUGUGCACUCAAUUCUCGAAUUACUAUUGUCUUGAAUAUGCAUUAUUGAUGGAAGAUUCUCCGAGGAUGUAAUAUGCAAUUAGCCCUAAUAAUUGCUGUCCACAAAGGCUCACAACAGAAAUUGUAGUAUUCAGUGUAGUGUUUACUCUAGGGUAAAAAAGAAGGCAAUUCUGAUGACACACAGUUUACUUAACUAAUGGGACUUCUACAAAUACAAAUGCAUAGGAUACUGUAUACAUGAAAUGACAAUUACUAAAAAUCUUCAGAGGAAUAUUUAAAUUUGCAAUUAUGGAAACAUCGAGCAGAUCAGCGGAGCCUACUAAGGUCAUCGAGGAAACUGAAAAUUGUGACGAAAACAUCAAAGGCUAUGUAGAGCCUAGAUUUGAAUGUCCCAUUUGUCUAACAUGGUUGCGCAAUCCAGUUUUAACAUCUUGUGGUCAUAAGUUUUGUUCUCAGUGCAUUCACACUUGGCUUAAGAAAAAAGGCGCUUGUUGUCCAGUUGAUGGUCAACCUUUGAAAUCCGAAGAUCUCUUCCCAGAUCUUUAUACCAGUAGAGAGAUAUCUCAGAAACGUACAAGUUGUGUUUAUCAGCAAUUUGGUUGUGAAGUAAAAUUGUCUCCUGUGGAUAUGGAAAUGCAUAUCACUCAAUGCACCUAUAAACAAAAUCUUUCAGAGCCUCAAGAAAAAAGAACUAAUGCAAUGUCUGCGGAGUCAAAAUUAUGGGAUCCACCUCUAAAGAAAGGGAUACAAGUUGCAGACAAAGAAGAACUUUCUUCUGAUUGGCAGCAAUUGCUCAAAAAUCUGUAUGAAAGAAUAGUAGUUUUGGAACAGGAAAAUCGGGAGCUCUCUAUAACAGUGUCUAAUCAGAAAAAUCAACUCGCAAAUAUGUGUCUACGAAAUUGUAAUGGAGUUUACAUAUGGAGACUGAAAUCCUUCCAAGAAAAACUUGACACUAUGAUCAACGACCCUUUAAAAAUGUUCUACAGUCCAGGUUUUUACACAAGCCCAAAUGGAUAUAAGAUUUGCGCGAGGAUUAACAUAUCAUCCAAGGAUCCCAAUUAUCUGUCUUUUGUUUUACACAUUAUGAAAUCAGAAAAUGAUGAUGCUUUGGAUUGGCCGUUUAACGGCACAAUGUUUUUUGCAUUAAUACAUCCGCAAGAUUCAGAGAAAAACAUAUGUGAUACAACGUCGUCACAACCAGAUCUUGAGGCAUUUCGAAAACCCACGUGCGAGUUAAAUAAACGUAGCUUCGGUUAUACAGAAUUUAUACGUAUACGCGAUAUAACCGAUUUUUUGCAGCACGAUACUUUAAUUUUUAGAAUAGAAGUUCACCCAAUAUGUUUAAGAUAGUGUUAACAAUCUAUUCAUGCACUUUAAUUAAAUGAUUUUCUGUAAUAUUUAAUAUUUUUAUAACAAUUAUACAGAGAUAACACCAAAUAGUUAUUAUGAACUAAAACGGUGUAGCUAAAUUUUCAUAAAUUUUAUAUUUAUAUAUAUAUAUAUAUAUAUUGUGCCUUCGAGAUUGUUUGUGUCCAUCCGGUAUCGAACAGCUGACUGGAAAAUCGAGACGAGGAAAUCGAUAUUUAAAAGAAGAUUGCCCCUACCAACAGGCCAUAUUUUCGGUUGAUAACCGAGUUUUACUUGAGCUUAAGACGACUUAAAGAUGUCUGUUGAAUAUUUACGGGUUUCUGAGAAGAUCAUAGUGCUUACUAAACAUGUUUAUUAUAAAGAAAACUUCAAAAGUCUCCUUGUGAUAUAAAGUGCUUGAGUGUAACCAAAAUGUCAAAAUGCAAAGAAAAAUGAUUGAGAAAAAAAGCAAAACAAUCACUAGACAAUUACGCAUGCAUAAUUCAUUGAUGUUUGCUACUUUCUGUAACGUGCGUUAAUUAAGGAUAUGUCUUUCGGCAUGACAUAUCUCUAGGGCCUAGAGUAUAUGUAGACUAGAAUCUAGACACAACUAAUUUUUUUAUGCUCGUAACUGCAAACGCUACAACUGCACUACUUCUUCAGCAGCAACGAUGGAAGCGAAAUGUUAUGACAUAUUUACUACUGAAAUGUUUCGAAGCGCUUGAUUGACCGCACUUGAAUCGCUUCCAAGCAUUUGUAGUGAGACUUGAACCGCACUUCGUGUGUAUUGUAAAUCAUAUGUGUGUAAGUUGAAUUUAUUGAUGAUGCCAGCAUCCUAUUAUAUAAAUCGGACCGAAUAAACGUAAUCAUUGAUAUAAUGGCGCAUUGUUUGGACAAUUAGUUUUAUGGUUGUACAUAUGCAAAAUAUGUAGUAAUUUUUGCAUUAUUUUACAAGUAUUCCAGUCAACACGAAUUAUCGUUUUGUUAUAUCUAUGUUAAAAUUUCGCCGUCAACAAUAUAAAUUUAAUAUAAUACACCACCUCAGCUUAAUUGGCAAGGCGGAGGAUGAUGGUUGCCGCUUCUGGAGACGAACGGCUGAGCACAUUAUGUGUGUUUGUCCAGCCGUCGGUUACCUUAGAUAGAAAUUCCUAGGGAAGGUGUUUAUCACCCCCGAUCAGAUUAGGGAGAUAAAUCCCGACGAGUCGUUGGAUUCUUCAAGAGCCUCGACCUGGCGCAAACCUAAGUUAAGGCUUGGUCACAAUAGAGUGCCUCUCUAGGUUGCAGUGAUGUACUGGUGGCUGCCCGGUAUAGCUCUCUUCCACUUAUUAUUAUUAUUAUUAUUAUUAUUAUUAUUAUUAACAACACAUGUGUCAUAAUACAUUCAUAUUAUUGAGUGAAAAAUUUUAACAUAAAUACAAUAACGAUGAUCUGUGUCGACUAGGAUGUUAUUUGCCAAAUUUCAAGAAAUCGAAAAACUGAUAAAACAGUCAUUUACAAAAUAUUUAAACAUCGUAUUUAAUAUUUAUUUAAAAAGUUGGUUUUUUAUUAACUUUUUGAUAAUGAUUAUUUAAUUUGCUAGAAGCUCAAUGCAAAUUUUACAUGAAAAUUAUAUAGCAAGUUAUAAAUGCACUGGUAAAAUAGAUUUUAUUGUAUUGUUUAUUGUAUUUUAUAUUCACAUUAAUAAAUUAUUUUUCUUAUAC